AUGUUUACACCGUCUCCGUCCGAGUUACAUGACAUUCCAGUACUGGGUCUAGGAACUUGGCGAGUGAGUGUCAUAAGCUCUGCUCAACAACCCCAGUCUUCCCGCACAGCUGUUGGAGACGCAGUUUCUGUUGCUCUCGCAACUGGGUACCGGCACAUUGACUGUGCUUAUUUGUAUGGAAACGAAAAAGAGAUAGGUAUGUGCUCUAAUCGUUUUAGCGUGUAUCAGCAGCCUGGUGCGAGCCUAUUUCCCGUGGGACCAGAUGGAGUAACCAUUGCCAUAGAUGAGGUCCCUCUUACUGAUACCUGGGAAGCAAUGGAAAACCUGGUGGAUGCCGGUCUAGUCAAAUCCAUCGGACUAUCCAACUUUAACAAGCACCAGAUAUUUCGCAUUUUGACCGAGUGUCGCAUAAAACCGAUCAAUUUGCAAAUUGAGGCACAUGUCAACUUUCCGAAUUCGGAGCUUGUGAGUUACGCCCAAUCUCUUGGUAUCACAGUGACGGCCUACGCACCACUAGGCUCACCCGGUGGAUUUCGAGGAAGGACAAAUCUCCUGAACGAAAAAUGGAUAUCAGAUAUUGCCGUCAGGAAGGGGAAAUCAAGUGCCCAAGUCUUGUUACGAUAUUUGAUUCAGCGUGGUCUCAUUGUUAUCCCUAAAUCGGUCAAACCUGAAAGGAUUAAAGAGAAUGCUCAGGUAUUCGACUUCGAGCUCACUUCUGAAGAGAUGAAUUUGUUGAACACAAUGGGUCUCAAUGAACGUCAAUUCCGCUUCAAAAAUCAGAUGCAUCAUCCGGAAUAUCCGUUCCACGCUGAUCAAUGA